AAAUAAAAUUUAUUGGAUUAUUGGCUUCAUCAGUUUUUUCUUCUCUCAGCGUUUGAGGAUGAUCAGAAGGGGAGAAGACGAGAUUCUUCCCUUCUGGUAAUGUGAAAAUUACAGGAAGAAGAGAAGAAGACUCACGCCGCCAUGGAUCCCCCUUUCUCCGGAUAUGUACUAGACCCAUCAAAAUGCCAAAAGUUGAGCAUCAAGGAAAAGAGGGAGAUUGUUUGGCAAUUGGCCAAGUGGCCAGAGAGUGCCCCUGAAAAGCUACAGACAUGGAGCCGCAGGGAUCUUCUACAGAUUCUUUGUGUGGAGAUGGGAAAGGAAAGGAAGUACACUGGGUUAACGAAGCAGAAACUGAUAGAGAAUCUAUUUAAAAUUGUGUCCAAGAAGAAGUCCGGCAAGUAUGUAGAAGACACAGAUUUAACUCAGCAUCCUUCCAUGCUUGAUCCUCAAACACCAGCGAAAAGGCAGAGGAAAAAUGAUCACCCUUCACGUUUGAUGGUUGAAGCAAACAUUGUCUCACUUAGCGAUGAAAGUGAAGCUCCAAAGUGUACCCGUUUCUGCCUUAAUGUAGCUUGCCGGGCGCCGUUGAGCCUGGAGGACCUGUUUUGCAAAAGAUGUUCUUGCUGCAUCUGUCACAAGUAUGAUGAUAACAAGGACCCAAGCCUAUGGCUGUUUUGCAGCUCAGAAGAUUCCAGUCAAGGUGAUAUAUGUCGUUUAUCUUGUCAUCUAGAUUGUGCCCUGAAAGAUGAAAGAACUGGCAUUGCAAAUAAUGGCCAGUGUUCAAAACUUGAUGGGAGCUAUUUUUGCGUUCAUUGUAGAAGAGUGAACAGCUUGCUGGGAUGCUGGAGGAAACAACUCUUAAUCGCAAAGGAUGCUAGGAGGGUUGAUGUGCUUUGCCAUCGAGUUUCCCUAAGCCACAAGCUACUCAGUGCAACUCAGAAAUAUCAAAGUUUGCAUGAAAUUGUGGAUGAAGCAAUGAAGAAGCUGGAAGCUGAGGUUGGCCUUCAGCUUGCCCCGCAAAACAUGGGUCGUGGGAUUGUUAACAGACUCUCGGUUGGUGCUGAAGUCCAAAGACUCUGUGCCCGAGCGAUCGAGGCUCUAGAUACAUCACUUGCUUUAUCAGCAAAUGUGCAAUUCCAGCAAGCUAUUUCAGUUCCAUCUGAAUUUAUAAAAUUUGAAGAUAAGUCAUCAUCAUCACUCAUUAUAGUUUUGGACUGUGAAACUCAUCACCCAUCUUUAUCUGAAGAGAUAUUUGGCUAUACGAUUUGGCAUCGUAAGGUCGAUGCAGUUGGCUAUCCUGCCGAGCCAACUGGUACACUGUACAAUCCAAAUAGAAGAUUUCUAGUAACAGGACUACUUCCAUGCACAGAAUAUAUUUUCAAAGUUGUUGCAUUUAGUGAAAGAAUGGAACUGGAGAAUUGGGAAGUAGGAGUGAGAACUGAUGAUUUGAUAGAAAAAGAGGUCAUUAUUCGCCCAGCUGCAGAAGAAGCAUCACCAAAGACUAAUAGCAGUGGCCUUUCCAAUCCUUCUUCUGAAGCAGAUGAAUCUCAUAACACAGGCAUUUAUGCUGACUUGAAUAAAUCUCCAGGUAGUUAUUUUGGUUAUGGAGAAAAGCCUGACGCAGUAGUUUCAGAAAAAUCAUGCGAUCAAAUAUAUAGCUGCAAAGAAAUGGAUCAGGAAGCGAGACCUGGUCUCUCUGGAUCAGCCUUGGACGAGGAACCCAAUUCUACAUUGAACACCGAUUCGCAUCGCGACUCCAACAACUCGGCAGAGCUUAACCAGUCAUUAGAUCUUCCUAAAUCAGAAAAUGCAUCAAAAGCUCCUAUUGGGAAUGAGAUGGUUAUUGUUCCUUGCCUCCCUGUCACUGCUGGCAGACUAGAAGCAGGAUCAGCAAAAUCCAGCAUCAAUUUACUGCUUGAGAAUGGUCUUCCAAAACCAGAAAAGGAGCCUGGGAGCUCAUCAAAGAGAAGAAUUGGAAAAUGUGAUGAGUUCUGCAAGAAGGAUGGACCUAUGGAAGGAGACUAUGAAUAUUGUGUUAAAGUGAUUCGGUGGCUCGAGUGCGACGGCUACAUAGAAAGCAACUUCAGGGUUAAGUUUCUGACCUGGUUCAGCUUGAGAGCAACUAUACAGGAGAGGAGAGUUGUAAGUGUUUUUGUUGAUACUCUGAUUGACGAUCCAGGGAGCCUUGCAGGUCAGCUGGUUGAUACAUUCUCUGAUGCCAUUUGCAGCAAAAGGCCACCACCUGUGCCAAAUGGCUUCUGUAUGAAGCUUUGGCACUAACUAUCGAAGGACUUUCUACUUCUUCGGGUAACUUCCUGAGAGAAAUUCUUUGGAUAGAAAUUGUUGCAUUUAAUUCUUAUUUGAAAGUCUUAUUUAUUGAUCAAUGAUUUCAGGAUAAGUCAUUUCAGCCUAAUUUUUAAGUUAUACCAUAGCUCAUUGUUAUUGAACCUUUGAUUUAUAUUACAGCAGUCUUCAGUUUCUCAGUUGAAAGAA